AUGUCGACCCAGGCCAAGGACACCGCGCCAUCGCCGCUGCCCAAGGUGGCCAAGCAGCUCAUCGUGUUCGACUUUGACUGGUCCCUCGCCGACCAGGACACGGAUCGGUACGUGCACGAGGUCCUCUCGCCGCGGCUGCGCGCCAAGCUCAAGCAGCUCAAGUCGAGCGUCCAGUUCACCGACCUCUGCUCCCAGCUCCUCGUCGAGCUGCACGAGGUCGAGGGCAAGUCCAAGGACGAUGUCCUCAACGCCCUCCGCAUGCUCCCCAUGCACCCGGGCAUGAUGCGCGGCGUCAAGGCCCUCAAGCAGAGCGCCAACGUCGACACCACCUUCUUCCUCCUGAGCAACUCGAACCAGGUCUACAUCGACACGAUCCUCGAGCACCAUAACCUCCUUCCACCUGCGUUCGAGCUCUUCACCGAGAUUGUCACCAACCCGGCCACGUGGUCGCCCAGCGGUUGCCUGCAGCUCUCCCGACGCAUCCCCGCCUCGUCGCCCAACCAGCACGCCUGCUCCGUCGGCUGCUCGCCAAACAUGUGCAAGGGCGACGAGCUCGAGGCCUUCCUGUCGCGCCACGGCGGCCGCCAGGCCUUCGACCGCAUCAUCUACGUCGGCGACGGCGGAAACGACUACUGCCCCGUCCUCCGCCUCGGCGCCAACGACCUCGCCCUCGUCCGACGCUACCGCGGCCUCGAGACCCGCAUCGCCCGCGAGGGAAACGUCAAGGCGGGCAUCCGAUACUGGGCUGGCGCGUGGGAGGUCGAGGGCAUCCUCGGCGAGCUCAGGGGAGAGCCUCGCCUGGCCUGA